CGCUAAAGGCUGUGAAAUGACUGUCCCAUGCAUCAGCUGUGCUAAUAAGAGAUGACCAUAGCUAUCCCUUCUGAAUCAGCCAGACACACUACGGGCAGAGACACAAUGUCUUUGACUUUACUGCUGAUCUUUGCCUUACCAAGUCCUGCAUUGGCUUGGCUGAUAAUGGAGGACUGGAAAACAGGGAAUGUGACCAUUUCUGUUGAUGGAUUGGAGUGCGUUUGCAGUGUGUUCCUGCCUGACAGCGCCUUCCCUGCAGACCGAGUACAACAUAUGCAGGAAUAACCCUCUGCAUUUAUCUUUAUAAAUUUUGGAACAAGCUUUAUUCUACACUAUGGGGGCAAACUUGAUGUCUUCUUAGGAGAACUGUUGGACCUGACAGUCAGAGUGGCCCUAAUGGAGAGCAGCCCUGACAAUUACAUCAAACUGGAUUUUCAGCUGCUCAGAUUGGAAAUCACAGAGUUUGAGUCCCUGGUGUCUCAGCUCAGAGACUCCCUCAACACCUCUUCGCCCAUGCUGGACAGUCUGUACUCCGAGAUUCACAACAUGACCCUGAUUGUGAAUCAGCUGGAGACGUACGACAAGAGCAACCUGGAAGUGAUCCGCAUUGAAUUUGCUAAGUUGCAGAGGAAGCUGAAAGAAUGCCAGGAGGAUAAAGAUUCAUUAAUUAAGCCUGACAUUGGUAAUUGCAACCACACAGGAAUCACUGCUGUUAGCAAGCCCAUAGUUAUCCAACUAAAUGCUCACUUGAACCCAGGUUACAAAUAUGGGGGCUGGGGUAAAGACUCCAAACCAGUCCGAGGCUUUGAAUCAAUGCACUGGUAUGGUGCAUACAGCACUCCCUCAGUGUAUGAAUUCUACUUGUAUUCUAACUAUGACAAAAUCCUUCAGACGUCGUCCUUCACGCACCAUGGUCUGCCACAAGGGUACGAAGGUUUCAUGGCGUGUGGAGUCAUGUAUGCCACAAGGCCAGGGGGUCUGAAGACAGAGGAGAUCUAUUACUUGUACGACACUGCCACAAAAAUGGAGAAAUACUUGAGUAUCCCCCUCCAGAAAUUCCAGGAGGAAUUUGCCAACCUGCACUACAAACCCACUGACCAGAAGCUCUACAUGUACACUGACGGCUACUACAUGUCCUAUCAUGACCAGUCUGUAGUUUCCCCCUUCUGUAAGCCACCCUCCCUUAGAGAGGGCGGCUCUCCUUUGUGCUGUGGCUGGAGCCUGGCUCCAUCUGGUACGAACACCAACUCCCUGGAGAUCAAGAAUUCUGGGCAGGGUGAUCCCUCCAUUCACAGGGACAUAAAACAAAUCCAGUAA